AUGCUCAACUCCCUGCACAAGUACGAGCCGCGGAUCCACAUCGUGCGCGUGGGCGGCCCGCAGCGGAUGAUCACCAGCCAUUCCUUCCCCGAGACCCAGUUCAUCGCCGUCACGGCCUACCAGAACGAGGAGAUCACAGCUCUAAAAAUCAAAUACAAUCCGUUUGCAAAGGCGUUCCUUGACGCGAAGGAAAGGAGCGACCACAAAGACGCGAUGGAGGACGUGGGGGACAGCCAGCAGUCCGGCUACUCGCAGCUGGGCGGCUGGCUCAUCCCCGGGAGCGGGGCUCUCUGCCCGCCCGCCAGCCCGCACCCCCAGUUCGGAGCCCCGCUGUCGCUGUCGCCCGCUCACGGCUGCGAGAGGUUCUUUUCGCUCAGGAAACACCGCCCCGGGCCCUACCCCCGACCUUUUGGGCACAGGCUGGGUAGUCCAACAGCCUACGCCGAUAACUCCUCUGCCUGCCUGUCCAUGCUGCAGUCCCACGACAACUGGUCUUCUCUAGGGGUGCCCCCCACCGCGACGAUGCUGCCCGUGAGCCACGGCACCGGCACGGCUACCAGCUCCAGCCAGUACCCCAACCUGUGGUCCGUCAGCAGCAGCACCGUCGCACCGGUGAAAUGCGCGUACGGAGAUCUGCGGAAAGAGAAGCGUGGGCGGUACAGCCACACCUGGGCAGCGCUGUCGCGACCGGGCAGCGCUGUCACAACUGGGCACCGAGGAGGGAGCAGAGGCUGCGUGCGCAGCCCUGGCUUCCCCCUGCCCUGCUCGGUGGGGCAAACCUCUUGA